CUCCUUCCUUUCGCCUAAAGGAAAAUCUCGCGUCUCGUCUCCCCUCCUUGCGCCAUCUCGCGGCUGACAGGGUAGGGGCGCCGAUCUCCAUCUGGCGAGCAGAGCAGAGCAGGCGAGGGGAGGGGAUCCUGAUCUGGAAGAAGCUCUUCUCUUAAUUUCAGAGCCUUAACCUUAGUAGAACUAACAGUUUGUUUGUUCUCCCAAAAGUUUGCCGGUUCAACUCAACCCCCAUUUCCCAAGUUGGAUCCGCCCCUGCUAGUAGUGCAUAAUUCUUGAAUCCAUUUUAAGUGCAGCAAUUCUGAGUACCAAAAAAUCCAUUCAAAAUGGUGGUUCUUGCUGCUUCCAUCAUUUCAAAGUCCGGGAAAGCACUUGUUUCAAGACAGUUUGUUGACAUGUCUCGCAUAAGGAUUGAAGGAUUACUUGCAGCUUUCCCCAAACUGGUUGGAACUGGGAAGCAGCACACUUAUGUUGAGACUGAAAAUGUUCGCUAUGUUUAUCAGCCAAUAGAAGGCCUGUACUUGCUACUUAUCACUAACAAGCAGAGCAAUAUUCUUGAAGAUCUGGACACCUUGAGGCUGCUCUCUAAGCUUGUGCCUGAAUAUUCUCCCUCUCUUGAUGAGGAGGGUGUUUGUAAAACAGCAUUUGAGCUUAUAUUUGCCUUCGAUGAGGCCAUCUGUCUUGGAAAUAAGGAAAACGUAACAGUCCAACAAGUCAAACAAUAUUGUGAGAUGGAGAGCCAUGAAGAGAAGGCGCACAAGCUGAUGAUGCAAAGCAAAAUCAAUGAAACAAGGGAUGUGAUGAAGAAGAAAGCCAGUGAGCUUGAUAAGAUGAAGAUGGAAAGAGGAAAACUUGACAAAGGAGGAUACUCGGCAAUAUCAGGUCCCAGGGUAGUUGAAAAAGCAUUUGGUGACAUGAGCAUUACUGGUAGUGGAUUUGGAAGUGGUUCUGGAUUAGGUGGACUGAGCAUGGAUAUGGACUCAUUUGCUAGCAAGCCUAAAGGCCGUCCAUCUGCAGCUGCUACUGCUCCUGGUAAAGGUCUUGGAAUGAAAUUAGGGAAAACACAGAAGACGAAUCAGUUCCUGGAAUCUUUGAAAGCUGAAGGAGAAGUCAUUCUGGAGGAUGUACAACCCAGUUCAGUUCAGUCAAGGGUGUCGCCUCUUCCACCAAGUGAUCCUGUCACAGUGACAAUUGAAGAAAAACUCAAUGUUACAGUUAAAAGAGAUGGAGGUGUUAAUAAUUUUGAUGUGCAAGGAACCCUUGCUCUUCAGGUCCUUAAUGAUACUGAUGGGUUUAUCCAGUUGCAGAUUGAAAACCAGGAUGUACCUGGACUUAGCUUCAAAACACACCCCAAUAUCAACAAAGAUUUGUUUAACAGUCAACAAGUUGUGGGGGCAAAAGAUCCAAACAGGCCAUUCCCAAGUGGUCAAAAUGAAACUCCUCUGGUUAAGUGGAGAAUUCAUGGGAUGGAUGAGUCAUCGUUACCUCUAUCAGUCAACUGCUGGCCAUCGGUAUCUGGAAAUGAAACUUAUGUCAACAUUGAAUAUGAGGCUGCUGAGAUGUUUGACCUGCACAAUGUUGUCAUAUCUAUACCAUUGCCUGCACUUCGGGAGGCUCCGAGUGUUAGACAGAUUGAUGGAGAGUGGAGGUAUGAUUCGAGAAACUCCGUGUUGGAAUGGUCCAUUCUUCUUAUCGAUCAGUCAAACCGCAGUGGCUCCAUGGAAUUUGUUGUCCCCCCAGCUGAUCCAUCAACAUUUUUCCCCAUAUCAAUUGGAUUUUCCGCAUCUAGUACAUUCAGCGAUUUGAAGGUUACUGGAAUUCGUCCUCUAAAGGAUGGUAACCCACCAAAGUAUUCGCAGAGGGCUCGUUUGGUAACAGCCAAUUAUCAAGUGGUUUAACGCCCAAAUAAGGGAGAUUACCUCACUUCAGCACACAUGUUUGCGGGCAUUUCCUUUCGGCAAUGAGCUGUUUAGAAGUCAUGGAGAAGAAGGAUUGUUUUGCAUUUAUAAAGAAUGUAAUUUUGUCUGUUUCAUAUGUAGUAACAUGUUUCACCAAAUUGCUGUUAAUUUGUACUGCCACCUGAUGAGAAAUAAAAGCAUGUCUUUUCCUUAGACGCCGGUUGGCUGUUCUUUA